UCACAUGACCAGCAUUUCUGGUCCAAAUUUUUGCCGGUUGUUUUUGUCUCGAGUCACUCCAAAAUUAUUUGUUUACAUUCUGUGAGAGUGAUGGGGGUUAUAAUGAAUGUUUUUCGGUAUGUGUACAUUUAAGCUGAGAUUUCUCAACAAUGGAGACGCAAAAGCCAGCACCUGAAUUAUUGAAACAAGUAAUUUUGGACUUGCAAGAGCCCAUAGUCUUCAAAAACAUUAUAAAUAAUGAUUCACAAGAAAGCAGAUGGAGUUCCCUGGGUCUAGAAAAAUUGGGAAAUGCCCUGGGGGACAUGAAAUUGAGUUUCAGGAGAGGAAAAAAUUCUAGAACCGAUGAGCCCCAGUGGGAUCUCCAAUGUCCCUUGGAACACAUGACAAUCAGUGAAUUCAUCCAAAAAGCCGAAGACUCUGACAACUGGUACUACUUCGAUUAUAAAUACAUGUGCGAAUGGUUCAGCGAGAAACCCGAAGUCUUAUCAGCCGCCGAUUGGAGGCCGUUUGGCUUCGAUAAGACUGGAGAGGACUCAACCCUCUGGAUUGGCAGCAAAGGGGCGCACACCAACUGUCAUCAGGACUCUUAUGGUUGUAAUUUAGUCGCACAGAUACAUGGACAUAAGCUGUGGCUUCUCUUCCCUCCGGAUUCUGGAAAAAUUCUACAGGAAACCCGAGUUCCUUACGAAGAGUCCACGAUCUACAGUAGGUUGAACUUCUUCAGUCCCUCGGAAUUAGACGAGGAGUCACUCAGGAAAAUCGAUAAAAAUCCAAUGAAAGUUAUUUUGGAACCUGGUGAGGUCUUAUUUGUCCCCAGAGGCUGGUGGCACUUCGUCGAGUCUUUGGACUUGAGCAUUAGUGUCAAUGUCUGGCUGCCACUGGCGUCAGACUCCGAGGCCAGGCUCAAAGAGGCUCUUGUGAAGCUCAUUAUGGAGAGAAUCGGAAAACAUGUUCCUGCUGUAAAGGAUGAAGUAAUUUACAACCUCGAAGAUCUAGGGAAACUGAUUGAAAUAUGUGUGCGGGACUGUGCAGAAGCGAAGCAUAAAGAGUCUGAAGAGGUGAUUCAGAAAAAAAUGAGGAGAACCCCAUGGACUGCUGAAGAAUUGUCCCGAGAAUACGAAAAUUUUGUGGAAGCAGUAAAAUAUUUGAGUGAUGAGGAGCUCAGGGUGUUCCUGAGUCAUCAACGGGAUCGAUUUCCAGAAGAAAAAAACUGUAAAAAUGAUUCGCCUCAAGACUACAGUACUCCAGAGUUAAAUGCUUUGAAAAAUGUUGCUGAUACGCUUUGUCAUUCAGAUGUUAUUAACAAAGUUGUUGAAAUGUUACUAAAUAAAAAAUGAAUAGUUUAGUGUCAA